AUGAAGAUUCAAAUCAACGCUUAAAUUGUCCAUAUCAGUGUAAUUUAUGUUAAGUUCUAUCUAUCUGUUAUUAUUAGAAUUGAAUAAAUAGUAUCAACAUGCAAAUGCCCAACAGGUACAUAUUAUUAAGAUGCUUUAAAAAAAUGUUCUUAUUGUCAUUACACAUCUUGUUUUAAUUUUAGAAAUACAAUUGUUGGUUACUUAACAUGCCAUUCUACUUUAUAUAAAAUAUUAAAAGGAUUGAAAUGUGAAUGUAAGACUGGGUAUUAUGAUUUUUUGAAUAUUUGUCAAGGUAUUCAUUCUAAUUAUAAUUUUAGAUUGUCCAACUACUGUAGAUAUAUCUUUCAAUUAAUGUUAUAAAUAUUUUAAUAAUAAUUAAAUAUGGCACAAUAUUGCUUGGGAUAUUUGUGAUUUUGAAUUUCAAUUAAUAGCUGGAGUAUGCUAACCUAUUUGUGGAGAUUUAGAAAAAAAAGGACAUGAAUGA